CGACAGCGCGCGGCGCCUGGAAGGCCGCCCCUCUGCGGAAGGCGGCGGGAGAGCGGGGGAGGGCUGGGCCAGGCGUCCGGGCCGGAAGCGCACCGGUCCCGGCGGGGCGGCCGCGGACAUGUGCAGGAUGUCGUUAAAGCACGGCACAACGCUCCUCAUGGUUGCCUCCUAUGCUGGCCACAUAGGCUGUGUGAGGGAGCUCAUCCUGCAGGGAGCUGACAUCAAUCUCCAGAGAGAGUCAGGUACAACUGCCCUGUUCUUUGCUGCUCAACAAGGACAUAAUGAUGUUGUGAGAUUUCUCUUUGAAUUUGGAGCAUCCACUGAAUUUAGGACCAAAUGAUAGGGCUUCCCUGGUGCCGCAGUGGUUGAGAAUCUGCCUGCCAAUGCAGGGGACACGGGUUCGAGCCCUGGUCUGGGAGGAUCCCACAUGCUGCGGAACAACUGGGCCCGUGAGCCACGACUACUGAGCCUGCGUGUCUGGAGCUUGUGCUCCGCAACAGGAGAGGCCACGAUAGUGAGAGGCCCGCGCACCGCGAUGAAGAGUGGCCCCCGCUCGCCGCAACUAGAGAAAGCCCUCGCGCAGAAACGAAGACCCAACACAACCAAAAAUAAAUAAAUUAAUUAAUUAUUUAAUUUUAAAAAAAGUGAUACAACUAAAAAUAAAAAGUAAAGUUCUACUAACCUGACUCAACUCUGAACUACGUCAAAUGAUCAUGUGUGACCACAUGGCUGCUUCAUUCUUCUUGGCUAACAAGUUAAUGCGGGCCUUUGUACAUGAGCCAGUUUGUGCUGUCCCAGAAAUCCAUGGAACAUGGGGCCCAGGGCGAGCAGUUCCACAUGUUUCCAUUAGGUCAACUGCAGGUGGCCAAGAGUUUUCCAUGGGAAGAAGACAGUGUCAGGAGGCUUUGAGUUUUAAUAUGAUCCUGUCAUCAAAACUGACUUUGUGUCAACAACUGUUCUCAUUGUAAUUGAACCUAUGUCCCCAAAAAUGUGGUUUUUUUAAAUAAAAGGUAUCAGCUCUUCUAUGACCAUCAUCAUGUUUUAUCUAUUGUCUAAACCCAUUAGGCAAAGAGCUGGGAAGAUUGACACAGCAAAACUUGGGCACGGUGUUCGUUGCUGCUAAUAGCUUAAUAAGCAACUUCUUAAUGCCCACCCACCUCCACCUCCACCCACACCCACCAGCCUCAGCCCUCCAGUCUCUCUCCUCCAUUCCCCACCCUUCAAAACGCAGCUCUUCCCACCACACAGCCGGGCCCUUGCUGAAGCCUUACUCAGCCAUGUGCUUCCCCCAGCACCUUGCCUGCCUGUGAGUGCAGGACCACGUGCAGCAGUGUUUCUCCAAGGGAGGCCCACCUGCCUCCUGCACCUCCCUGUCACCUCACAUGGCUGGUCAAAUGCCUCUUUCUGGGCCUCACUCCAGACCUACUGAAUCUGAGGGUGGGGCUGCAAGGGUAGCCACUUUGAAUAAACACUCUAUGCCCAAAUUUAGAAACCACACUAUCUUUUAUUUAUGACUCGUAUUUUAGGACCAGAUUCCACGUUCUUGGAUUGUUUACAGUUAGCUCAAAUGUCCACAUACCCAUUCACAGAGCCAAACAAACAACACAACAAUCCUAGAUGGGAAAAGAGAAAGCUUCAGCCCAGCACCUGAGAAAAACCAUUAAGGGCUUCACGGACUUCCCUGGUGGCGCUGUGGUUAAGAAUCCCCCUGCCAAUGCAGGAGACACCAGUUCGAGCUCUGGUCCGGGAAGAUCCCACAUGCUGCAGAGCAACUAAGCCUGUGCGCCACAACUACUGAGCCUGCGCUCUAGAGCCCACGAGCCACAAGUACUGAGCCCGCGUGCCGCAGCUACUGAAGCCUGCGCACCUAGAGCCUGUGCUCCACAACAAGAGAAGCCACCGCAGUGAGAAGCCCGUGCACCGCAACGAAGAGUAGCCCCGCUCCCCGCAACUGGAGAAAGCCCACACGCAGCAAUGAAGACCCAACACAGCCAAAAAAAAAAAAAGAGAGAAAGGGUUUCAGUUGACCACAAACUCAAUGAGUCAGUAUUUGGUGUGGUUGGCGUAAAAGCUAAUUCUAAUUUAGGCGCAGAGAUAAAAGUAGAGGAGAUGUCUACAGAUUCAAUGCAAUCCCUAUCAAAUUACCAAUGGCAUUUUUUACGGAGCUAGAACAAAUCAUCUUAAAAUUUGUAUGGAGACACAAAAGACCCCGAUUAGCCAAAGCAGUCUUGAGGCAAAAAAAUGGAGCUGGAGGAAUCAGACUCCCUGACUUCAGACUAUACUACAAAGCUACAGUAAUCAAGACAAUAUGGUACUGGCACAAAAACAGAAACAUAGAUCAAUGGAACAAGAUAGAAAGCCCAGAGAUUAACCCACGCACCUAUGGUCAACUAAUCUAUGACAAAGGAGGCAAAGAUAUACAAUGGAGAAAAGACAGUCUCUUCAAUAAGUGGUGCUGGGAAAACUGGACAGCUACAUGUAAAAGAAUGAAAUUAGAAUACUCCCUAACACCAUACACAAAAAUAAACUCAAAAUGGAUUAGAGACCUAAAUAUAAGACUGGACACUAUAAAACUCUUAGAGGAAAACAUAGGAAGAACACUCUUUGACAUAAAUCACAGCAAGAUCUUUUUUGAUCCACCUCCUAGAGUAAUGGAAAUAAAAACAAAAAUAAACAAGUGGGACCUAAUGAAACUUCAAAGCUUUUGCACAGCAAAGGAAACCAUAAACAAGACGAAAAGACAACCCUCAGAAUGGGAGAAAAUAUUUGCAAAUGAAUCAACGGACAAAGGAUUAAUCUCCAAAAUAUAUAAACAGCUCAUUCAGCUCAAUAUCAAAGAAACAAACACCCCAAUCCAAAAAUGGGCAGAAGACCUAAAUAGACAUUUCUCCAAAGAAGACAUACAGACGGCCACGAAGCACAUGAAAAGAUGCUCAACAUCACUAAUCAUUAGAGAAAUGCAAAUCAAAACUACAAUGAGGUAUCACCUCACUCCUGUUAGAAUGGGCAUCAUCAGAAAAUCUACAAACAACAAAUGCUGGAGAGGGUGUGGAGAAAAGGGAACCCUCUUGCACUGUUGGUGGGAAUGUAAAUUGAUACAGCCACUAUGGAGAACAAUAUGGAGGUUCCUUAAAAAACUAAAAAUAGAAAUACCAUAUGACCCAGCAAUCCCACUACUGGGCAUAUACCCAGAGAAAACCGUAAUUCAAAAAGACACAUGCACCCGAAUGUUCAUUGCAGCACUAUUUACAAUAGCCAGGUCAUGGAAGCAACCUAAAUGCCCAUCAACAGACGAAUGGAUAAAGAAGUUGUGGUACAUAUAUACAAUGGAAUAUUACUCAGCCCUAAAAAGGAACGAAAUUGAGUCAUUUGUUGAGACGUGGAUGGAUCUAGAGACUGUCAUACAGAGUGAAGUAAGUCAGAAAGAGAAAAACAAAUAUCGUAUAUUAAUGCAUAUAUGUGGAACCUAGAAAAAUGGUACAGAUGACCCAGUUUGCAGGGCAGAAGUUGAGACACAGAUGUAGAGAAUGGACAUAUGGACACCAAGGGGGGAAAACUGCGGUGAGGUGGGGAUGGUGGUGUGCUGAAUUGGGCAAUUGGGAUUGACAUGUAUACACUGAUGUGUAUAAAACUGAUGCCUAAUAAGAACCUGCAGUAUAAAAAAAAACAAACAAAACAACUAAUACUAAACUUUCAUUGG